AUGCGUCACAAAUGUAAAAUAUUUUUUGGAUUUAUCCUGCUCAUCUUGAUUUCGUGUGGUCUGAUGCUUCUCUUUGCUGCUCUGACCAUCAAAUACCCAAAAGAAUUGCCCUAUCUCAAUCCGUAUAGAAUCGCAGUCUGGGCGAGAAAGCUCGGAAUCAACAUAGAUUCUUGGAAAUGUGACACCGUCGAAUGUCUCAAAAUGUGGGAAGCUGACGACAAGGAUGAUUAUGAUGAGAAGGAUGUGAAACAGUUCCUCGAAUCAAACAGAACUACUCUGAAUCCGAAAGCACCGACAAAAAUUUCGCCUCUCAAGUUGUCUUGCAUCCAAUGCAUUGGAGGCAAAUUUCUCAAACAUCGCGAAUUGAUGCAGAACAGUAAACGAAAGCAAAAAAUGGGUUGGGUCAACGAUUGGUAUAAGACCAACUGCUUUCUAAACAAAGUUAAAAUGUUACCGUGCAGUACAACUUGCGUCACAAUUUGGAUUCUGGAGAUGGAGAACGGUCUGCGUGGUAAAUUCAAUGGUGUCAUGUUCGACUGCGCCGAUGAGUUGAUAUACCACUCCCCCGAUAUUCCAGGACGUGGUGAUUUAUACUCGGAUAACGCUAUCGUUUUCAAUGAAGAAGCAGUGUACAAUAAUAUUAGACAAGGAUACAACAUAACAUAUCAAUUCACCAAAUCCAACUUGGUUGAUCCGAAGGAUUUAGUCGCUUUUCUCAAAAAUAUAACUGCAACACAAGUUCCUCUCGAAGUCGAGGCUAUCUCUACUGGAAACCUGAUUGUGUUUCAUACCUUUGCAGGAAUGGGUAUCUUUUUGGUGAUUUUUGCAAUUGUGAUUUGCAUCUGUGGUUGCUGGCGGGACUGGCGUUAUCGUGUCAAGCGAAGAAAGGAAGACAAGAGACUGUUGAAGGAAUGCGCCGACUUGGAAAAAGACGUGGUUGUCAUGUCUACAUUGGUUGCCAAUCAAGAUGCUGAUCCAUAUGGAUUGGCGAGUAACGAUGAAAUCAAAAAUAUUGAAUUGGACACGAAGAACAACACUGAGGACCGCCACCCAAACGGAAAAGUUUGCAACGCCCAUCACUCAUGA